GAAGAAACAGUUCGGGCAAUGCUGGUAUUCAAAAAACAGGCAGAGCAACUUCGACAAGAAAAAGCUGCUUUAACUCUAGCUUUCGAGAACCGUUGCCAGCAGUACCAAUGCACGAUUAGUCGUCUGAACAUAGAAAUAGCAACUCUCAGACAUCAGUUGGAGCAAGCGGGCAGAGAUAAUAAUCCCGAAGGAAUUCUACAGGCUCACGCCGCUGCUUUACAGAGACAGGCAGAGGAGUCCAGGAAGCAGUACGAGAAGUGUUUGGAUGACGUGGCCAAUCAAGUGGUCAGGGCUUUGUUGGCGCAAAAGGGUUUAAAGGAGGAAGUUGGCACUCUGAACAACCGAAUCGAAGAACUGGAGACCCAGAACCGAGCUCUAGCAUCGAUGUUAGUGCACCAGCUCAGGGGGGACACCCCCUCUACCCCUGCGGACCUGGACCACUACUCGAAAGAGUGGUCUGCAGCCGAAGAUAGGCAAAAGGACAACAAGGACGCUUCUGCUGAUUCUCCUUCGCCAGUGACCGCCAUGGAGGCUAGUACCAAUGUGAAGCAUUGCAACUCCUUCAAUUCGGAAGUGCUGGAAGAGAGCCCCAAUGGCGAUAAUUGUGAUAGCAAGGCUGUUUUGAGUGUUGAUAAGAGGUUGUCAGCUGAUACGGCCAGUAUAUUGGACACUCGACUUUCAUUGGAAGACAAAAAAAGGCAUCACGUAUUGACAAAACUGUGGACAGAACUGAAGGGGACUGAAGUAACUCCAAAAAAACUACUAGAAGCACUCAGUGCAGUGGAUUCUGCCUUAUGGGUGCCCCCAAAAAGGCCCGUGUCGCUGAAUCUACACCUACCAAUUCUGCAAACUACAAAAUAUCGGAGAUCUCGACCAGUAUUAGCACAAUCGACGUCGAAAAGUGAAGAAGAAACCACGGGAAACGAAUCUCCCGAGAGCGGAAACAGGGACGAAGGCUACUCCACCAUGUCCUCCGAUGUUCAAGCAGACGUCACAAGAGGAUCGGGGGAUGCGACGUUACCACGGAGAGGUUUGGAAGACCUGAAAGAAGCCAGCGACGAGACCGAUGUGUCCGAUACUAGACUCCUAGUCAGCGACAAUAAGGAUCCUGAUAUACUUUACAUUCCUCUGAACCUCCUCAACCUCAACCAAAGAAAUAGUUUUCCACCCAGUAAAGACAUCCUGCCGUUCCAACACAUCAUGAGGAGUUUUUCUGAUUCCCAUCUGUGUAUAAAAAUCACCACUGCACCAUCACCGUGUUAUACUUUUAGCUCAACAAUUUCCAGCAGUCCUUCAAUUUUUUUAGUGGACAUUACUGAUAAGUCCAUGAAUCCACUGCGAAGGACCAGAGGCACAAAUACUUUAUGGGGCAAUGCAAACUUGGAAGUCUGCCCCGAAGACAAAACCUCCCAGCUUUCCUGGUCCAGCAUCGCCGAAGAACGCCUAGAGUGCACCACUUGGGACGCCGAGUAUAUCCAGCAGUGGCUGAGACUCGACGAGACCCGAUCAGCCCUACAGCAGCAGCACAGAGACAUGCUAGAGCUCGAGUACGAUCGAGCAGAGCUAGAAGACUGGAGCUUGAGCUUGUCCAGUGAUGAUCUGCGGGACCAGUGGAAGAAAACAGAUGCAGUGACUCCCGGACAGAUCUCCAUCUCCACCCUGCCGAGCAUCCAAGAGAACAACACGCUUGAGCUAGAGGAAGACUCCAACGAGUGUCUCUGGAACAACUCCAGCUACAUGAUGGACAAGGAGGGGCGGGAGCUGGUGACGCUGCUGAUGGACGGGCCGAACGGGGAGAAACAGUGGCCCUACGCUGUGGCGAAUAUCGUACACCAGCAGAAUUCUCCGGAGAAUAGCUGGUCCAGCGGUGGGUCCGACUGUUGCAACUCCCACGAACAGGAAACUUAUUCGAAGAGGUCUUCGGUCGCGUUGAGUGGGUCCAGCGAUGAUACCGGGGAGUUGCCUGCUAUCGGGACGGAUUUCACGAGGGAUUUCUACAGGUUAGUCAAAUUUGAGAGCACUAAAAGUUUGGCUUCGACUUCAUCGCGGAGUCUCGGCGGAGCCUUAAGCGACCACGGAGAUCGAGAAGCGACCCUACAGAACGUCCUCACCUUCAUAGCGGAACAGCAGAAAUACGUCCACUGCCGAGAGGUCAUCACCCGUCCCUGUUCCGUGAACGAAAUAACCAAAGAUUUCAGUAUAGAAGGGCCCCCGCAGCAGUACGAAGAGGUUAAGAUAUGCGGUAGCGAUUAUAGCAUUCCAAAGAGCGAUUCAAAGUCUAGCGACAACGAGAACUACGUCACUCUGAAGCAGUUGUGCGAGGAGUACGGGCUGAAGGAGAAGGAGAGUGCCGACAGUAAAGACAAUAAGGACAGCAUUGCGGACAGCAUAAAACAGAACAUUGCGUACGCGGCUGAGGUUUGCCUAGUGACUCCCAUAGAUGUGGAAAGUGAGAAUUGUUCCAACAUCAGUGAGCACCCUGUAGACAUUUGCAGUAGCAUAAGCGUCGAGAUAACCUCUUUAGAGUACCAAAGCAGCGUGUUGAAAGACGGUGACGAAAUCAAGGAGGCGGAGGAGAAGAAUGUAGAUAGUGAUAAAGUAAUGAGCGACUUGACCAAGUCUAGUGAUACGACUUUCAGUGAUAUUUCUACGAAUAAUUGUACAAGUGAAUCAUUGACUUCCAGUGUUAGCACGCCAGAGACUAUAGUUUCGAAAAUUCCCAGGAGGAGAACUCCGUCUAGGAUUCCCGUAAGCCCAGCGAGAGUCAUAGCUGUAAAUAAUAGUAACAAUAACAAUAAUAACAAGGAGAACCUGCAAGAUACCAAGAUACCAAAGAGCAAGAUACCACAUAAGAGCAACAAACCGAAAUUGAAGAAAAUCAUUCAUGUCCAACAGAACAACACCCCACAACACAUCAUAACCUCAGAAAAGCUUCCCCAAAGCACUUCUGGUGUUCUGAGCAACAUAAUCGAAGGACCGCCUCACAGGGCUGUCAGUUUUCACGAAAGAGCCACCUCCAAGGAUGUGAUAGAUGAGUUGAACAGAAUGAUCAAGAGCGGAGACGAAAACGUGGCCAGCCAAGAAGCCAGUGAAGAUUCAAAAGCAACAAGAUUGGAUCAAGCUUGUCGCCCUACUGGAUGGGUACAUGUGGAGAAGGAUAUUGAUCUGACUGAUCCGAAGGCAAGAGCAAAUUUACUGGAUGUUAUGAUGGCUUCUGUAUCUAGUGAGUCCUCUCCUACAUCAUCUUGCGGGGGUAGCGUUGCCAGUGAUUCGACAGAAGAUCCUCCUGAUUAUGGCCACCUCCACAGGAUUCAUAAAUACCACCGGCAAAAGAAAGCCCACGCUGUUAGGCCCGAAAUGGCCGUCGUGAGAGCUGCCCUGCCUCUAGCUCGCCCCACCAUCAUCGGUCGACCCGAUUUCUUCGUUCGAUACGGCGACAAGGAGAGAGAAGCUGUAGCUUCCUUCGAUUUUCUGGACGAGCUGAGCACGACCAGUAGCUCCGUCAGUUGUUCCAUUGAAGAGGUUCUGGAGGAAGAAGAAGAGGCGUUCGGAGAAACUGGGCGUGUCGUAGUUAGUCAGGUUUGAGAACAUAACCUCAAUCAUAGCGUUCCUUUAGGGGCGCUUUUCUCGAGCCGAAAAUAUCACAUUCAUGUUUAUAUCUCGACAAUAUUUCAGCAUACCUAUAUUAAAAAGAAGUAUUUCAUGAAUG